AUGUUGGACAAGGGCAGUGGGCAGUCGCGGGGCUUCGGCUUCGUUACAUUCACCACCAGUGCUGCCAUGGAAGCCGCCCUUCGUGCCAACCAUUCAGUUGACGGCAAGACGAUCACGUGCAAGCGCGCUGUGCGUGAUACCAAGCAGGGCGGAAAGCAGGGACGCGAAGAGUCUGGCGGUGGCAUGUACAACGUCGUGAAGAUUUUCGUGGGCGGGCUACCUGCCUCCUGCGACCUGGAGAAGCUGAAAUCUCACUUUGGUCAGUAUGGAGAGAUCCAUGAUGCUGUGGUGAUGAUGGAUGCUCAGACCCAGAGGCACCGAGGCUUUGGCUUUGUGACCUUCAAGGAUUCGAGUGGCGUGGAGGCAGCCCUUUCCAAUGACAAGAUUAACAAAAUCGACAACAAGUGGGUCGAGGUCAAGCGAUGCAUGCCCCAGGAGGUGAUGCGAGCUCGAGAAAGCGGCAAGAAGGACGAUUUCGAGCCCGAGCGUCCGAGUGGACCUUAUCAUGGACCACCUCCAGGCGGGCCGCCAGGUCCUGGUGGGCCACCUCCAGGCUAUGGCUACCCUCCUCCGCCAUGCUAUGGAGGUUAUCCAGGAUAUCCCCCACCCGGCUACGGUGGCUACCCGCCCUAUGGCUACUAUCCACCUCCUCCGCCUGACUACUAUGCAGCUUAUGGCUAUCCACCUCCACACGCAUACGGACCAUAUGGCGGAUAUCCGCCGGCAGCGCCGACAAGCGCGGAUCCCGACGACAAGCGCAGCCGCUCACGCAGCCGGCGGCGGCGGCGCCGCAGCUGA